CGACCAACCGGUGAGGCAUGUCAGAUAUUGUUUCAAUAAGAGACUGUUUGGUCGAGUGCUUGUAUCAUUGACGAUCAAAAUUGUUGACGAUCAAGCUAUUGCUUCCUCAGGUAAAGAAUCAAAAUGAAGAAACACGAACGGUCGCUUCAAACAGGUCUUGUUAGGUACAGCGAUAUUGGAAAAGAAAUGACUUUACGAAACGCAAACGAGCACAGACGUCUUGCUGGACACUUAAAGGACCUUGAUUCACAACUACACAACAAACUUGUGUCUAUACAUGCAGACAUGAUGGAGUUAAAGACAUCACCGUAUGGCGAUAGGAGGAAUAAAUCAGCUAGACUUAGUAAUGGAACCAGAGAAAGAUCAAAUAGUGAUUUCGGACUGCGCGCCCUGACGCCGAUUCCACGCACUUUGACGAGCGCCAGAUCACUCAACAAUUUACAGGAAAAACAGAAAAAGAGUUUGGUUUUGCCUGAGAUUAAUGUACAGCAAACAUCAUUAGUUAGUAAUUCUAGUUGUGGUAAAACUAGUCCUCGUGAAAAUCAAGCCAGGAAGGAUGUCCAGAAAAACUUACUGCAACCAACAACUGGCUUGCCGUCGGUGCAUCGCCCCUCAUCUUUACCAGAUUUGAGAAGUGUUGAAGAAAGAUGUCGUUUUUCACCAAAAACAGCCAGAAAAACCCUUCAAAACUUAGAGCCAGUCUGUCCAUCGCCAUUAACUCGUGAAAAGCUCAUUUCUAUUCAACCUUUUGACAGUAAGAUGGAAAACAAUAGACAAGAAGACAACAGCAAUGGACAACAACAACAACUUAUAGUGCCUACCAUUAAUUACCAAGAAAUUGAUAACAAUAUUAAUGAUAAAAAACAAGACUGUGAAGAUUCAAAUAGUAUAUUUCUAAAUUCUAUAUUAACAAAAGCAGCCCACAGCGACGAUGACGUACAAGUCGCACCUGACCUUGCCAGUUUAGGUUUCAUGGACUUUAAUGACGUCAUUGACAAAAGACUUCGUCUUUGCCAGCAAGAAAUUCCAAACGAACAAGAAAUGAAACAAGUUCGAUAUCUGAGGUGGGGAAAAGAAGAAAAAGACAUUGAUUUAGUGGAUGCUGUGUUUGAAAAACGUGACGAAAGCCACAAUAGUCGAGACCAAUAAAAUGUUUUUCACACUUGAGCUAAUUCCAGUAAGCUGUUAAUAAGCUAAACGAACAAUAAACACAAUGUCAUCAAAAAUAAUACAAAGUAAUUAACGCUAAACGUUCCGGUAUAUACCAUUUACAGUUAAUGUUAUUAAGGCAAGAAAAUAACACGAAUAGUAUCUAAUCUGAGGUUUUUACACUCGCUUUUUAACGUAAAAUACAAGUGCUAAUUAAUUGAAUUUCAAUGUUGAUUGUUUUAUAAUUAGUUGUUAAGUUACAGCAGGACACCAGAACUGUGUGAGUUUCAUCAAACGUAAAAAGCCAGUGAUUUUCUUUCAAAAAAUCUACGUUUUUUUAUUGCUCUUCAUGUCGACUAUUAAAAAAGCUGAGAAGUUUAUUAACUUCACAAUCAAGACUGAUUUUAGCCUCGAAGAAAUCGGCUAUAGACUUUGUUCGAUGUUUUUGAUUCGGUCGUCAGGUAAUAAUAUAUUGGAGGAAUGGGACUAGCAAGGAAGGCAGGGGCAGGCGUGAAUUCAUUUACAAAAA